CACACUCUAUCUGUUACACUUUUUUUUUGCUCUUUAUUUGAUCUCUUUUAUCUCAACUUUUUUUUAAUUACCCCACAACCAACCCACACACCCAAAACAAAAACCUCACCGCGUUAACGCCUACUCCGUACUCUCGUCGCUUGCUCGUCGUUGGUUCCCCCCCUGGAAAAUACAUAUAUACAAAGAAAACUGACUCACAAAACAAUGGUCCUUGAAGAAUUGCCUCUUCCCACCGCUCCUCCUCCCUCGGGAGCCAACUACUCUGCAGAACAAGGCUGCUUUGAAGGCCCCGAAAAACUACUUGAAAUUUGGUUCGCUCCGGCUCCCACCUCGCACAACAGCCACUCGUUGGCUGAUGCUUCGGAUUCGGAUAUGUCGGAUAUCUCGACUCCAUCAACUCCUACUACUACCACCUCUACUCUCCAUGGUCUUGGCGCUAGUGAUCUUCGAUCGGUGGAAAAAUCGGUGUGGGAUGCCAUGCUGGCUACCGUGAAAUGCACCGUGUUGAACGUGUUGCGUAAUGACUUUGUGGAUGCUUAUUUGCUAAGUGAAUCUUCAAUGUUUGUGUACCCUCACAAACUGGUGAUCAAGACUUGCGGCACAACUACGCUUCUGAAGGCUUUGCCCUACAUCAUGGAAAUCGCUCGUCUUCGUUGUGGUUAUGAUACGGUCCAUCGCUUGUUCUAUUCUCGCAAAUCAUUCAUGUUUCCCGAAAAGCAACCGGGUCCUCACCACAGUUGGGAUGCCGAAGUUCAAUAUCUGGAUGAUCACUUUGAUAACGGUGCUGCUUACGUGAUUGGCGACACCAACAUUGAUCAGUGGUAUCUUUAUUUGACCGGUGUGAACCCUGGCUCGCUUCGUAGUAGCCAUUUGGACCAACUGAUGGCUGAAACGGAUGGUUUGAAUUGGAUGGCGUCUAAAAAUUGGUCCAAGAUGCAGCAAGUACGCUCGGUGUUGCAUGCUGAUCUCGGUUAUUUCCAACGAGGAUAUUCGGGCCAUGAUGAGACGAUUGAAAUCUUGAUGACUCAGCUCGAUCGGUCGGCCAUGGAACCCUUCUAUCACCAACUGGACGAACCUUCGGGCUUGGUAGGCGGUCGACGUGUGGAUGCUGACACGGGUCUUGAGGCCAUCUAUCCGGAUGCCAAGGUGGAUUCCUUCUUAUUUGAACCUUGCGGUUACUCUGCCAACGGUCUGCAAAAGGAUGGCUAUUACACGAUUCACGUCACCCCCGAGCCUCAGUGCUCGUAUGCGUCCUUUGAAACCACCAUCCCUGUCUCUUCCUCUCAUCCCAAUCCUCAGCACUGCGAUGCCACGUCUGCUCGUACUCUGAUUCGCCAAGUGAUCAAUGUAUUCCAGCCUGGCUCUUUUACGGUGACCUAUUUUGCAUCCCAUACCCCCAAAGAAGACAACAAUAUUCACAAGCUGGUGCGUACCAUGGCUCCCUUUGACGGUUACAAACGUAAAGAUCGCAUUCUUUAUGAAUUUGAAGGCUAUGACUUGAUCUUUGCCCAUUAUACACUUUUGCCAUCCAACAAGGACUGAAAAAAAUAUAUCACCUUUUUAAAUAAAAAUGUUAUCGUCCUUGCAAAUAUUCGAAUCCGCAUUUUGUUGUGCAGAUUGCGCUUGGUAUGAACGUUGUACUGUAUAUUCAUCGUGACUCGUCCUAAAUUGCGCUGUCGUUCUGUCCUUUAAUUACAUCGGGCCAACGAGUAUUUCAUUCAA